UGUAGCUUUAUGUGUAACAACCUCCGCUACUGACAGAAGGAUACUUCUUAGUGACCCUGAUUAUGUGGCGCAACAACUAAACCACUUACAGUCAGAAUUACAGGAUCUGAAAGUUCAGGUGGAAAAUCAAAAGCAUACCAUAGAAGCUCAGGAAUUAGCCAUAAUCAGUCUACAACAGAUCUCUUCUAGUCAACAACAGACCAUUGAUUGGCAAAACCACACACUAACUUAUCAACAGUUCGCCAUUCAGAAGAUAUCAAAAGAAGGAGUUGGCGUCGGUACAAUAUAUACCAGAUGGGGCCGAAAGGACUGUCCAGUGACGAAUGGAAGUCACAUUGUCUACUCAGGGUAUGUAGGUGGCGGGUACUUCAAUAACCCUGGCGAUGCUGCAAACUCGCUUUGUAUGUCUGAUGAGCCUACAACAGGACAGAGUACCUAUAACACUCGUCCAAGUUACAUCUAUGGCGCCGAAUUUCAACAAGGGCAUGAAGUUUUUGGUCUUCCACGAAAUGACGAAGACAUAGCUUGUGCCGUUUGUAGGAACUCGGUACACACGAUAUCGGUAAUGAUUCCAGGGAGGACACAGUGCUACCCAGGCUGGGUGGAGGCUUACAGUGGACUUAUUGUAGCUGGAUAUCCUUAUCAUCCCACGAAUACUGACCACCUCUGUAUGGAUAGUCUGCCACAACCAAUCCCAGGUGGACAGAGUAACGACGAAGGACAACUAUUUCGCCCUUCCGUGACGAAGUGUGGAUCCCUACCUUGUCCGCCAUACGAGGAAGACAAGCUUGUACCUUGUGUCGUAUGUAUGAUGUGAAUACACAAUAAAGUAUAAACCCUUUCUGUUCCAAGUUGCCUCCAUACAGGGUCUAUUUUUUAUCUUGAU